CAUGCUUCCUCUUUUUUUUUUUCUUCCCCUUCUCUUUCCGGGUUUCCGCUGUGUGUUUUCAAAACUCUCAGCUGAUUCCAGCGCUUGUCCACUUAACUGACAGCCAUGGACAGCAUGGAGGCGCCGUUAGGUUCUUUCAAGAACCCCAUCAAGUUUAAAGAUCAGGACUUUAACAGUCUCUCGGAGAAGUGCCUCAAGUCUGGCGAGAUGUUCUCUGAUCAGAGCUUUCCGGCCGAGCAGAAGUCCAUCGGCAUGCCGGAGGAUGACGACCCCAAAAAGGCCAUCAAGUGGAAGAGACCCAAGGACAUCAGCGGGAAUGCUGUCUUUGUGGAGGGCACCAUCGGCACCACUGACAUCUGUCAAGGUCAGCUAGGUAACUGCUGGCUGCUGGCAGCGCUUUCCUGUCUCACCAUGCACCCCAAACUCUUUGUCAAGGUGGUACCGCCCAACCAAAGCCUGUCCGAGUCUUAUGCCGGUAUCUUUCAUUUCAGGGACGGAGGGACUGGAAAUUCAUUUUGCGCUGUCAUGUUCUGGCAGUACGGCGAGUGGGUGGAGGUGGUCGUGGAUGACAGGCUGCCAGUGCGAGAAGGCCGUCUCCUCUUCAGCUACUCUCACACCCGCAACGAGUACUGGAGCGCCCUGGUGGAGAAGGCCUACGCCAAGUUGAUGGGAUCGUACGGAUGUCUAAAGGGCGGCAAUAUUUCGGAGGGGAUGGAGGAUUUCACCGGAGGCAUCGCGUACUCUCUGCCCGUCUCCUCGCACACGCCUCGCGUCUUCUGGAGGUUGCUGACGGCCGCCCUCGCCCGAGGCAGUUUGCUCAGCUGCUUUAUUCAGGCCAACAGCUACAAGGAAGUUAGUAAAGUCAACGCCGACGGGCUGAUAAAGGGCCACGCCUACGCCAUCACUGACACCGACCAGGUCAAGCACGAGGCAGAUGAGGUUUUGCUUCUUAAACUGAGGAACCCAUGGGGCUUUGUUGAGUACCGUGGACCUUGGAGUGACAAAAGCAAAGAAUGGCACGACAUAUCCAGAGAGGAGAAAGAGAGGCUCGAAAUGAAACGUAGGGAAGAUGGCGAGUUCUGGAUGAGCGCUGACGAUUUUUGCAAGAAGUUUGACUUUGCGGAGCUCUGCAGUAUCAAUCCUGACAACCUUGUGGAGAGAAGAAUAGUGGAGCCCGUUAGCUCCUCCUCCGAGUCGAAAUGGACCAUCAACGAGCAUGAAGGAUUCUGGCUGAAAGGGAGCUCGGCCGGCGGAAGCCGAAAAUACAACCGCUCCUUUUGGAAGAACCCUCAGUUUGAGCUGAUUCUCACGGAGCAGGAUCAGCCGGACGAGGACGACGAGGAGGACGAGGAAGACGGCGACGAAGAAGAGGAGAGCGGGCCGAGCAAUGGCGUGAAGACGGAGAAGCAGAAGAUAAAGGCCAAGAAGUGCACGGUGCUGGUGGAAAUCCUGCAGAAGAACCGCAGGCGCAAGAAUCAAGUCCACUUCCUCUACAUGGGCUUCCACAUCUACAAGGUUCCCUCGGAGCUUUACGGUAUGUGUCUGGACCGCAACUUCUUCUUGAAAAAUCGUCCAGUUGGUCGUUCUGGGAAAUACAGGGCUCAAAGGGCCGUGUGGAGGAAAAUGCACCUGGAGCCGGGCCACUACGUCCUCGUGGCGUCCACCUAUCGACCCAACAAGCCCGGAGAGUUCUUUGUCCGCAUCUUCUCCAAAACCGCCAACAGUUUGGGAACUCAGGAUUUUACAUGCACCUCGAGCUAUCUCCCGGCGAUGGCUGCCCCUCUUACACCAGAGGAUAAAAUGAGAGUUCUGAGGACUUUUGAUGAAGAGGCUGGACCAGAUGACAGGCUGAGCCCCAGGGAGCUGAUGACACUUUUCAACUCAGUCCUGGACAAAGAUUACCACCUGCCGUUGGAGACGUGCAGGCAGCUUAUUUUUGGAGAGGACACUAAAGGAAGAGCCAGUUUGAACCGUCAGCAAACAGAAGCUUUGCUGUCAGAGCUACGCCAUUUGCAGACCAUCUUUUUCCAAUUUGAUGAGGACUCUUCUGGCACCAUGAGUCCUUUUGAACUCUCUGCAGCUCUGCAAGCCAUGGGGAUGAAGUGCGACGAUAAAGUAGUCCAGCUGCUGUAUGAGCGCUUCGCAUCCGGAGAGCUUCACCUGCCCUUCCACGACUUUGUCGCCGGCAUCACCCGCCUGCGCAAACUUUUUGCAUUGUAUGAAUCAGAGAACAACCGCGAGGUGAAAGACAGAGGCAUCAACGCUUGGCUCAUUCGCUUUCUGCUGGUGUGACGAGCGUCUCCGUGUGGAUCCGCCCGAGCGUCAUUGAGUUGACA